AUGGCUCAGAGAGCCUGGGUCAGCAUGCUCUUCCACAGCCGCAAGACUCAGCUCCUGCUGGUCAACUCCCUGACGUUCGGCCUGGAGGUCUGCCUGGCUGCAGGGAUAACCUAUGUGCCUCCGCUGCUGCUGGAAGUGGGUGUGGAGGAGAAGUUCAUGACCAUGGUUUUGGGGAUAGGACCUGUCCUUGGCUUGGUUUUUGUCCCGCUGAUCGGAUCUGCCAGUGACCACUGGCACAGCAGCUAUGGCCGAAGGCGACCGUUUAUCUGGAUGCUUUGUCUGGGAGUCCUGCUGAGCCUCUUCGUGAUCCCACAUGCCAGCAGCCUGGCCAGCCUGUUUGCUCUCAACACUCGCCCGCUGGAGAUUGCCUUCCUCAUCCUGGGCAUCGGGUUGCUGGAUUUCUGCGGCCAGGUCUGCUUCACGCCGCUGGAGGCCCUGCUCUCAGACCUCUUCCAGGAGCCAGACAACUGCCGCCAGGCCUUCUCCAUGUACGCCUUCAUGAUCAGCUUGGGGGGCUGCAUUGGCUACCUCCUUCCAGCUAUUGACUGGGGCGGCAGCUUUCUGGCCCCGUACUUGGGAGGGCAGAUGACGUGCCUCUUCAGCCUCCUUGCUGUCAUCUUCCUCAGCUGUGUGCUGGCCACGCUCUUUGUGACAGAGGAGGCAGCCACCCAGGCAGAUGUUCUGGAUGGCCCGGCGCUGAAGGACGCUCCCCCUAAGCCCUCACCUCCUGCCUGCUGCUCUUGCCAGCUCUCCAGGAGCUCGUGUCUCCUGCAGGCCAGGCACAUGACGCAAGCCCUGAGAAACCUCUGCACGCUGGUGCCACGGCUUCACAUCCCCAAGGUCAUCCGGCGCCUGUUUGUGGCCGAGCUCUGCAGCUGGAUGGCACUGAUGACUUUCAUGCUGUUCUACACAGACUUUGUUGGGGAAGGACUAUACCACGGUGUCCCCAGAGCCAAGCCGGGCACGGAUGCCAGACGCCACUACGAUGAAGGUGUCCGGAUGGGUAGUUUGGGCCUCUUCCUGCAGUGCGUCACAUCCAUCUUCUUUUCGACAAUCAUGGAUCGGCUGGUGAAGCAGUUUGGGACGCGGGCGGUCUACCUGGCCAGCGUGGUGUUCUUCCCCGUGGCUGCCUCCGUCAUGUGCCUUUCCCACAGUGUCAUCGUUGUUACCAUCUCAGCUGCUCUCACGGGCUUCACCUUCUCUGCACUCCAGAUCCUGCCAUACACACUGGCAUCACUGUAUCAUCAUGAAAAACAGGUAUUUUUGCAUAAAUAUAAGAGCAAAGAGGAGGAAGAUGCAGCUCGAUUGGACAAGAAAUCCACCUUCUCUAAAGGCCUCCUUUCCAGCCAGAAGCUGCCUUACCAGAAUGGACAUGCUGGGAGCCUCUUCUCUUCUUCUUCCUCCUCCUCCUCUCCUCCAGCCGCCAGCUCGGCUCUGUGCGUCAGCUCCUCCUGCGACGUCUCGCUCAUGAUGAUGGUGGGAGAACCAGACUCGGUGGCUCCUGGCCGAGGGAUCUGCCUGGACUUGGCUAUUUUGGACAGUGCUUUCCUCCUCUCUCAGGUUGUCCCCUCCCUCUUCAUGGGGUCCAUCGUCCAGUUUACGCAGUCGGUGACUGCCUACAUGGUGUCAGCUGCUGGCUUUGGCCUCGUAGCCAUUUACUUUGCAACCAAAGUUGUCUUUGAUAAGAGUGACAUGGUGAAGUAUUCAGUGUGA